AUGAAGUGCUUACAAACUGUGCUGGCAUCAGCUAUUUGUUUAAUUAGUAAAGCUGCCGCUGAGGUUUUCAUUGUCGACAACGACACUCCUACCGCUUUGCAAGUUUUGCUUCCUUUGGCGGCUGGCAAGCAGGUGUUGGGUAUUACAACAAACCUCGGUGAUUACGAUACUGAUGCUGCAACUUAUGAAGCAGCAAUGGCGUUGUCGACAGGUAACUUGACAUCCUGUGUCCCUGUGUACAAAGGCGCAGAGCAGCCCUUGCUAUUAGAUUACAAUACCUACCACUUGUGGCAAGACCUGUAUGGCGACAUCGUCUGGCAGGGCGCUUGGGACAAAGACUACGAAAGUCCUGUCCCCGUUAACGCUUCCUACGAGUACAACAAGACUGUUGGCGCCCCUCAGUGGAUUAUGGAUACAGUCAAAAACUCCAAGGAUAAUGUGACUAUUGUUGCAGCUGGCACAAUGACAAACUUAGCUCUGGCUCUUGCCCAAUGGCCAGCUAUGGCAGAGAAAGUCAAAUUGGUUAUAAUGGGCGGGUAUGUCGAUGGACAGAUUGCUCAAACCACUGGUGGAGACUUUGUCAAUGACAUGUACACUGAUUUCAACUUGAUGGUCGACCCUGAGGCAGCUCAAACCGCGCUCUCUGCUCCAUGGAAGGAACUGGUGAUUGUUGGUAACAUAAGUUCCGAAAUUUUCCCCACUCAGGAUCUUUACAAUGAACUAAUUGCAGUGUCUGGCGGCUUAGCUGAGAUAAAGAGCAACAAAUCUCUAGGUUACGUGAGCGAAACUGUCGGGAACGGCACUUUGCCCUCGUUCAAUCUGCCAUACUGGGAUGAGGUCGCCUCUGCCAUAGCUGCUGAUCCUGAAAUAGUCACUGCUUCUUACGACGCGUACGUCUCUGUCGACACUUCAUUUUCUUCUCCUUUCUACGGCAGUUUAAGGAUUUAUCCAGCAAACUUACGUGCUAAGAAAGGAGUUAGAACUGGCAAAGCAAAAAUGAUUACCUCGAUCGAUGAGGGCAAACUUAAUGCUAUGAUUGUCGAUGCGCUCGUCAGAGACUGGACCAAUUACUGUAAGACUGGCAGUGCUCCAAGUGUGGCAAUUAUGUGA